AUGGCUACAAAUUAACAUAUUUAUUAAAGGAAAUCUCUAAAUGACUAAAGAGCUAAUCAGGAGCAUGCAGCUUAACAGCCAAAUUAAAAUUAAGUGAAGAAAAUCAACUCUGAAAAGCUAAUCAGCCAGAUUCAAGAGAAGAAAAGCCCAGAGAGAUAAGAAUAGCCGAAAAUCAGUAAUGUUGAUAAACAGUUUUAUUCAAUUAACUUCAAGGAAAAAGACAAAAAAGUGAAGAGCGAUUUGAAUACAAAGAUAAAAAUGAAGGCAGAAGAUUAUAUGAAUGAAAAAUUAUCAGAUAAUCAUUUUAAGAGACCAUAACUUUCAACAAAUUAAUAGAAUUUAAAUAAUUUUUGUAAUCACAAAAGCUAAAUUUUAAAUGUUAUUGAAGAUGUUAAAGAUUUUUUAAAUCAGAAAUCGUUGAUGACUCUUUAUAUGCAGAGUUUAAAUAACUCUUAAAUUCCUUCUAAAGGUCUUAUUAAUCCCAAAUAUUAAAUAAAGCACUCUGAUUCAAACCGCUAAAACACUUAAUAAUAAAAUACAUAAUCAAAUGAAGAUAAAAAAAAUAAGCACGAGUUUACAGCUUUGCUUGACUGGGAGGAAACACCAGAAAAGUACAGAAAAAAAUAUUUAUAUUCUCAAUAACAAGUCGAUUCAAUAAAACAUGAUAAUUUUAAGAAUUAAAAGAAAUAAAUUUAGUAAAACUCUAUUGAUGCUAAUAAAUAAAUGGAUUAAAAAAUAGUAGAUAGAAGGAAAUCCAAGUCUUUGCACUUGAGUCCAGACAAUUAAAGAAAAAAUUUAAUAGAUUAAAGUGUGUUAAGCUAUAAUAAGAAGAAGUAAUUACUCUCUCCUAUCAGCAUGGCUUCUUAAAGUCCACAGCAUGUAAGGCUUUCUGAUCUAAAUUUAAAAAUAGUUAAAAAGAAAUCCUCUAAUUAAUCUGAUAUUCUCCAUAUAAAUUAAGAUUUUUAGAUUCCAAUUAAUUAGCAAAAUACUAUUUUCAGCAAUAGCACCAAAAAAUCUUAUUCAAUGCAUGCAUAUUUGCAAGAUAAUAAUUUAGAAAAUAAAUGGUAAAAGAUUUAUUAAACUGGAACAGUGAAAGCAAAAGAAGUUAUACAAGAAAAAGGGGAAUAAAAUUAAUUAUAACUUAUCAAUUAAUUGAGUGGAAAUUUUAAUAAUAAAAACUAAAAUAAAAAAGAUAGCAUUGUUGUUGAUACAAAUAAGAAUCUCAGGCAAUUAAAUUUUGAAAAGUUUAAAAGCAUGUAGCGUUAAGAAGCGAAUAAUAUUGAACUGAUAUCACCAAAGAGUGCUAGACUUCCAGUCAUAUCGCGAGUUAAAUCUUACAGUUUAGCUCGCUCAGAAACGGAAAGAGAUUUAAUUCAAUUAAAUCGAAUACAUACUGACAAGAGUGAGAGAUAGAAAAAAUUUAAGCACAUAGGUUAAACAGUGGAUGAAGAGGAAAUUAAUAAUUAAAAAGAAGAAAAAAAUUUUAUUUUACAAGAAAGCUAAGUUAAUUUUGAUGACUUUUAUAAUAGAAAUCCCUUGAAAAAGGAAUAAUUAGACAGGCUUCCUAACAUGUAACUUAAUAGCCCUCAAAAAUCUAAAGGAAGAAGUCUUACAGAAGAGCCAAGAGAAGGCUAGAAGCAAAACAAAUCAUAAACUUCGCUUAAAACAUAAUUUAGUAUGGAAAAUCAAAUAUGGAUAACGAAGAAUCCUGCUGGUAUAAAGCUAGAUUAUUAAUUAAAUUACAUCAAAAAAAGUAAAAUGACUAGAUUUGAUACAAAUGAAGGAUUAAAAGCUCAUCAGAUAAGAAAUUUUAUGGAAAAGAAAAUAAUGAUUGACAGUCUUAACCAAAAAAUAGAUUUAAGAUAAAUAUUUGUAAUCUAUGUCAAAGUAAAAUCAACUGAAAAUGAAGUCGGACAUUUAGAUGUCUCAUCAUUGGCUGAAGAUUAUUGUAGAGACGAAAACAACUUAUUUGAAUCAUCUGGCAAUAUCAAUAAAAAUAAAGGAAAAAAAAUUUUUAUUGUUGAAUCUUAUUUUAUUCCUAUUUAUAAAACUUCAAGUAAUUAUAUUGAAUUAUAGAGAGACACCUAAAUAUGGAUAUAGUUGCUUAAAAGAUUGAUAGGAAUCGACCCUAAGACACAGCUUUACUUCUUUACUGGAUAUGGGUAGUAGAUGAAACUUAUAAAUUAAUUACCAGAGUACUGCAAUUUAGUAUUCUUUCAUGCAAAUCCACCACAAGUAAAGAUGGUAAAGGAGUAGUAUUAGAUAAAUGAAAUGCUGAAUACAGAAAAAAGCCAAUAGUAGGAAGAUAAAAACGAUUAAUUAUACAUAGACGAAAUGAUAACAGGCUAAACUAACUUGAUUUCCUCACUCCGAAAAAUGCAUAGGAUUAGUUUGCUAGAACAGGAAGAAGAAUUUUAGUUUGUGAAUCAUUUAAAUAAGCUUAAAACAAAAGAAGAUAUUUCUUAAGUUUUGAACAGUCGCUCUCAUGUUCUUAGACUAUUAUAAACAAUUUCUUCUGAUCCUUCCCAUAAUAAACAAUCUCUCAAACAAAUGCCAUUUAAAAAAAUCUAGUUUCCCUCUUAAAACUAAAAUUAAAAUAUCCACAAACCACUAAAAAGAGUUGACUCUUUCUCUAAAAUAGAUAAAUUUCCAAAAGACAAAAAUGUUGAGGCAUUAGACAAUGCGUUUUUGACUUCAAAGAAAGAUGCUGAAUCAGAUAAAAAAGUAGACAUAAUAUUCUAUAACAAGCUGUAAAACUAAAAAGAUUUCUAUAGAGUAAUGAAUAGACUUUACAAACCAAUAUCAGAUAUAAACCUAAAUGAAUUAGAAUAAAAAACUAGUCUAUCAAGACAAGAGCUAAUUCACCUCUAUUCAUAGUAUAAAAGUUAUGUAGCUAUGGCAUAAGAUACAAAAAAUCCUAAAAAUUUUUAAAUAAAUAUAAAUGCUCUAUCCAAGUAAAGCUAUGGUGCAUCCCUAAUGCUCUUAGAAAGGGUAGAACCUUUAAUAACUCUCUUAAAAAAAGAAAAACAACUGCUUAAAGGAGAAUUUAGUGAUAUUAUCAAUAACUAAAUCUUUUCACAAAAAGAUUACAAAUUAACCUGGGAAGAAUUUCUGCAGGACUAUUUAGAAUAAAAAUAAAUUGUUGAAGCCUGA